AUGCCCUCACAAUCAAAUCUGAGAGCUGCUCAGGCCGUUGUUCUUUCACGCCAGCGACUUCGCCGCGGUCUCAAUCGUGAUGCUGCCGGCCGCCGAAAGAAGCCACUGACUCUUCGUGCUGCUGAAGCUCGAUAUGCCGGCUCUGCUCGUGCAUCUAUCGGCCGCAUCUUCAAGAGACUUGAGGCUGCGAAUACCGUAGAUUAUGAGGAUGUUGUCGAUCCUAAGAUGGGGCGCCCGCGGCAACUCACGGAUGAGGAAGAAGAAGCUAUCGUGUGUUAUAUCAUCUGGAUGGAAAAGUCAGGCCUGCCUGCCUCCAAGUGGGAAAUAGAAGAUGCAGCACUUACUCUGCGGCGCCGCCGUGAUCCUGAUGCGAGACCUGUGAGCAAGAUGUGGUACUCUCGCUUCCGCGAUGAUCAUCCUGAGCUUGCGAAAUCGAUAUUGAAGUCGAGAGAAGCUUCGCGUGCCGAAUAUGAGGAAGGCGGCGUUGAUGAUACGAAGGAGUGGUUCCAACGCCUCAGCGAUGUGAUGACGAAGUACAAUAUCGGUGCAUCAGAGACCUGGAAUGCAGAUGAAGCAGGAGUUAGAGUCGGAAUGCUACGAGAUAAGAUGGAAUGCCUCGUUGUACGCACCAAGAAGAAGUCAGCAACAGAGUCGUUGCCAACGCUUGAGUGGGCGUUCAUUGAAGGCGAUCCUGAUAUGCGCUUCGCUCAGUCAGACUCGGCAUUCUCAAGUGCGGCGAUAACGCUCGAGUGGGCGAAGCACUUCAACCGAUGCUCGUGGGAGAAAUCUGCUACUGUACAGAAACGUCAGCUUGAUUUUGAAGAGUGGUUUGGGUGUAAUGAGCACCUUCAGGAUACAAAUAACCGCUUGGUUACUCACGAUAUGCCUCCCGCGGCGAGGCCUUAUGAUGAGGCUGUAUGGCGGCUGCUCGUUAUCGACGGCUUCACAGGCCACGGCUCAUUCGAAUUACGAGAAUAUAUGAUAAAGUUCAAUAUUCUCGUAGCAUUUCUUCCGCCUCAUUCAACGCAUAUACUCCAGCCGAUGGAUAAGAAGCUUCGUGAGGCGUUGCGGAAGGGAAAUCUUACCUUUGGCCGGCGUGCCUUUGCAGGAGCUUUUCAGGAGAUCUUUAAUGAAGGCUUCACUGCCGCUCACAUCAUCUCGGGCUUCCAAAAACGGGCAUCUACCCUCCCACAGACCGACCUGCCAUAG